AUGGGUCACAUGACCUCGUUAUCCGGAUUUGAAUAUUAUCAUGCAAGUUUGGACAAACACGGAAUCCAACAGCAAUUGAAAGAACACAAUAUACCUAUCAAAAUUCUAUUCAAAAAGUAUCUGAGCGUUAUUCGACCAUAUCUCAAUCCUCGCGUUACUUCACACCCCGCAUCAAAUAUCAACCACCAUCCCACUCUCCGUCCUGUGAAUUCAACGAAUACACAAAUCAGGUCCGGGCUCCCGGCCUUAAUACCUCCUCACCAUAAAAAACUAUUCUCCAAAAUUCAAGAAAUAAACCACAAGAACGAAAUGAAAAUCGCCACACUACAAUUCUCCCCCAAGCUCGGCGACACAGCGGGGAACAUCAAGCGGGCAGACGAGCUGCUGAAAAAUGGAGGCCGCAGUACUACUCUCGGGAAAGCGAAUAGAAUUGAAGAAUUGAAACCAGAUAUUCUGGUUCUAUCGGAAAUGGCAUUGACGGGAUAUAACUUUCCCAAUCUAGAGGCUGUCAAGCCAUAUCUCGAGGAAGCGGGGAUGGGGCCUUGUGGUAUUUGGGCGAAGGAGACGGCGAAGAAGUUCGGGUGUAAGGUUUGCGUUGGAUAUCCGGAAGUUGAGAGGAGUGGCGAGGGGGGAGGGAAAGAGAUGUAUUAUAACUCGUUGCUGGUUGUUGAUGAGAAGGGGGAGAUUCUUGCCAACUAUCGCAAGACGUUUCUUUACUAUACGGAUGAGACGUGGGCUGCGGAGGGCGAUGCAGGGCGUGGUUUCAGACAUAUCUCGUUCCCUCGACAGGGCCAGCAGCAGCAGCAGGAGGUUGCCACGUCGUUCGGUAUCUGCAUGGACAUUAACCCGUACCGCUUCGAAGCACCCUGGACAGCAUGGGAAUUUGCGAACCGCAUUCUCGACACGCGCUCGCAGUUGGUCCUUUUGUCAAUGGCGUGGUUGACGCAUUCAGACCGCGAGGAGUUGCAGGCGUUGCAUACGAAGCCGGAACUAGGGACGUUUAAUUACUGGGUUCAGAGGCUUAUGCCGUUGUUCAGGCGGCAUAUGGAGCAUUCGAGUGGCCUUGGCGGGGAAGAUGAAGGGGAGAAGAGGAUGAUUGUGGUUUUUGCGAAUCGGGUUGGUGAGGAGGAGGGGCAUGGGGAGGAUAAGGAGCCGGUGAGGUAUGCGGGGACGAGUGCUGUGCUUGGAUUUUCGCAGAGGGCUGGCUCUGGCUCUGGUGCCGGGAGUGAAGAUGGAGAUGGGAUUGAUGUUAAGAUUCUGUGUUGGGAUAUUAUGGGUGCCACAGAGGAGGGGGUUUGUUUUGCGAAUACUGGAGAGGAUCCGGAGAUGGUGUUUAGUUUGGCUAAGGAUAAUCCGUAA